GAAGAAUGGAAAGAAGGCUGAGUUUUAAAAAUAGCAACCUUCUUUAAUGUGUUUGCAAAGAUAACUUGCUGUCAAUUACCAGGCGGCUAGCCAACUAGCUAGCUAGAAGAUGGCUCCGGACUUAGCGAGUUUUUUUCAUCUUACUGAUUAACUGUCAAGGCCGAGAGAGCAGCUGACUUGACAGAAGAAGAUGAGCAAGAAGCCCCCAAAUCGUCCUGGACUCACAUUUGAAAUUGGUGCCAGAGUUGAGGCUCAGGAUUACUUACAAAAAUGGUACCCUUCGCGUAUUGAGAAGAUAGACUACGAUGAAGGAAAAAUGCUUGUUCAUUUCGACCGCUGGAGUCAUCGAUAUGAUGAAUGGAUCUUCUGGGACAGCAGCAGACUUCGUCCUUUGGAGAGACCAGCAUUCCGCAAAGAGGGACUCAAAGAUGAAGAGGAGAUGUCUGAGAGACUCGGUGAGAUGAGAACAUCUCGCUAUCGUGAGCCUCCUGGAUGUAUGGAGAGCAGAGAGGACCAAACAGAGUUACCACAGUCAAGACAAGUUUUGAAGGACGGAGAAGAAGUGCUGGCACGAUGGACAGAUUGCCGUUACUACCCCGCUAAGAUUGAAACCGUAAACAAAGAAGGUACUUAUACAGUGCAGUUCUACGAUGGUGUGAUUCGCUGUGUGAAGAGAAUGCAUAUCAAAUCAAUGCCGGAAGAUGCUAAAGGACAGGACUGGAUUGCAUUGGUAAAAGCAGCCACAGCUGCUGCCAAAAGCAAAGGGGCCUGCAGGCCUCGAACCAGCGCCAACAGCAACAAGGACAAGGAGGCUCGGAGGGAGGAGGAGGAGGACAGUGAAUCUGAGGAGGACACAGACUCAGAAGAUAUGGAGGAAGAUCUGGACUCCGAGAAAUCUGUUACCUUGGAAUCCGCUGUUGAGGAAGAAGCGAAGUCGUCAGCAGAGCAACUUGAGUCAGGGAAAAUGAAAAGGAGGAAAGCUAAACAGGGGAGUUUAUUCAACACCAAGAGAGCACGCCUCUGCAAAAAUCCAGGGCUUUUAGUCUCAAAGGUAGUAAGUGAGGAUGAGGGCGUACACCAGGAAGAGCAGGCUGACCUUCCUGGGACAUCCGAAGAGGGGCCUGAGUCAGCAGCGGAGGAGCCAGGGACCCCGGAGGACUGCAUCCUGACCCUGUCUUCCCAGAGGCAGGCUCCUGUCAUGGCAGGGUCUCAGGGCAGGCCUGGAAACAGACGGUUCAGACUGGAGCCUGGAGAGAACCACGGGACCCACAAACCGCCCAGGCUGGGCUGCUCUGUCUCGCCUGGUGGAGGGGCCUCGGUACUGCCAGCCCCCAUCCAGGUCCCCAGCCCCCCCAGCAUCACUCAGACCGUUUCUGCAGGACUUCCUGUGACAGCAGCCCCCAUCUCUCCCCGGGCAUCAGAGCAAAGUCAACGACGAAGACGCUCUCAGCGCCUGGCCCCUUCCACCCCUGAGCCCCUGCUGGAACCUGGGAACCCCAGCCCACCCCCCUCUCAGGACGAAAUUGCACAGUCCAGCCAGGGGCCCUCUGAGGCUCUGCCCAUUGGUAUACUGGAGAAGUCUGUGGAGUUACCUCCCUCUGAAGUUCCACCAGAAACAUCCCUCCCACCACCUCAACCUCCAAUCACAGUCAAAGAUGAGCAGACUGACACCACCUUAUCCAACCAGGUGGUCCCUGGUAUGAAAUCAUCCCCUCCGGCUAUAGCAGCUGCUGGGCCAAAGGUUACAGCUCGGACUCCCAAACCCAACAAACACACCAGAGAACCCAUUAUUAACGUAAGAAGGAGUGAUGACCCCACAUCUCCAAACGAGCCCCUCUUUGAUCUGGACCACAACAAGUUCAAGUGUCAGGUUCCGGGCUGUUCUAAGGCCUUCCGCAAAGCCAAGCUCCUGGACUACCACCUGAAGUACUACCACAGCGCCGACAAGGAGGUGGAGUCAGAGGCCUGGUCACCUGACCGGGCGGGGCGAACCAGAACCACGUCUGCCACUGUGCCAACCAGCACCCCUGACAACAAGCGGCGCAGGACUGUGUCCACCUCCUCCUCUCUCUCUCCUCCCACCCACAUUAUGCCACUCGAGUGUUCGGGUGGUUGUCCCAGACCACCUAAACUCGGCAAGAAGAAGCGCUCCUCUGUCUCGGUCAGCUCGGACAGCUCCGAGGUACCGCUAGCUCUGCUGUCCCGGGAGAGGAAUUUUGAGAACCUGCACGAUAAGAUCCUAAAGAAGGUGAUUGACAAGGACCCUCACAUGGAGCCAGGGCUCAUAAAAACUGAGAAAAAGAUCAAACUUGAGGACAAAUGUCAACCAGUUGGGAAAAAGAAAGAGAAGGACAAAGAACGGAAAGACAAAAAAAUUAAAUUAAAGAAAAAGAAAAAGAAGAAAAAGAAAUCAAAGCAGCACAGUUACUCAGACUUCGAGGACAUAUCCCUGGCCUUCCUGGAGAGGUGUUCCUCCAGCAGCCCCUUCCCCCUGCACAGCAGCGUCUCCUCCAAACCCAGCACUUUCCAGUACCCCCGCGCCAUCCUGUCUGUGGACCUGACCGGAGAGAACCUCUCGGACAUAGACUUCCUGGAGGACUCGACCACGGAGAGCCUGCUCCUGAGCGGAGAGGAGUACGGGCAGGAUCUGGACUCGCUCACCAUGGACGACUUUCAGGAGGAGGAUGAGGAGGCCAACGAGAUCGUGCGCUGCAUCUGCGAAAUGGACGAGGAGAACGGCUUCAUGAUCCAGUGUGAAGAGUGCAUGUGCUGGCAGCACAGUGUGUGCAUGGGCCUGCUGGAGGACAGCAUCCCUGACCAGUACAUCUGCUACAUCUGCAGAGACCCACCAAGGCAAAGGUGGAGUGCCAAAUAUCGACACGAGAAAGACUGGCUGAACAAGGGGCACUUGUACGGCCUGUCCUUUCUCUCAGAGAACUACUCCCACCAGAACGCCAAGAAGAUGGUCUCCACCCACCAGCUGCUGGCCGACGUGUACAGUGUGAAGAAGGUGCUCCACGGUCUGCAGCUGAAGAUGGAGAUAUUACAGAACAAACACGACCCUGACUUGCACUUAUGGGCACGGUCGUGGGUGAACUCGGAGGAGGACCAGCCCAUGGGCGGAGUCCCGGACUGCGUGCACUAUCAGGAGCACCUGGACUCCCUCAGUCAGAGCUCCACCCUGGACGCCUACAUCGCCAGUGAGCACAGCUACCAGAAGCCCGCGGGCCUGGGACUGGGCUCCUGGCCCAUCGCUGACCCGCUCAGCCUGGAAGGGGAGGAGGGCGUCCGGCUGGAGGAGGGCCCGGAGGUGGUGGCGGAGACCUCCCCCCACACCCCGCCGUUUGAGCUGAAGGAGGAGGAGCAGGGGAGCGCUGCGAUCUCCAUGUCCGGCUGUUUGAACGAGACGCGGCCCGACUCUGCCAAACAGGCCCGGAACUGCCUGCAGUGGCAGCUGAACCUGCUGACCCACAUUGAGGACAUCCAGAACCAGGUGGCCAACAGGAUGGAUCUGAUUGAGAAGGAGCUGGAUGUGCUGGAGAGCUGGCUGGACUUCACAGGGGAGUUGGAGCCUCCAGAGCCGCUGGCCCGGCUGCCUCAGCUCAAACGCAGGAUCAAGCAGCUCCUGACGGACCUGGGCAAGGUGCAGCAGAUGAGCUCCCUGUGCUCCGUGUGACCCAAAUAUCACUGUGACAGCCCAUCACACACCGAGGAAAAGCUGCUUCCUGUCCAGUCCCGCCGGGAGGAGAGAGGAGUGCACACUGACCCACACAGGGCCGGAAACACAUCCCACGCACUCCACGGGAGAACGUUCUUUUCCUGUCCGUGUCAUGAGGAAUUUUAACCCAUAAUGUAAAGGUACCAGGCUAAUGAGGAAAGUCAACAGUUGUAGAGAAACACAGAAUGUGAAUCAAGGUAAUCGUAUAGUAUAAUGUAAUACAAAUAUAUAGAUAUAUUAACAUCAAUGCAGGACAGUCACUAUUUUUUUAAGUCAGCAAGAAACAGUAGUUUCUUCUCUUUUUAACAGUAAUAAUUACUGAUUACAGUAAUGUGCAGUCACCUCUAUUGAGAGAUGAGGGAACAUCCGUAGCUGAUAUGUGUAUCUUGCCACAGCCGCAGACUUGUAACACUACACUGAUGCCACGUGUCCAGUGGGGUCUGGGAGGGGGGGGAUCAGACUAAGGGGAAAUUAACUGAGAAGUAUAGGAAGGGCCUGUGACGUUAUCUCAACUGCCAUUUACAGUGCGCGUGCGCGUGUGUGUGUGUGUGUGUGUGUGUGUGUGCGUGUGUGUCUGUCUACGUGUGUCUGCUUGCGUGUGUGAUUUCAGCCACAGUCUACCCUUGAGCAAGGUUUUGGUCAGAAUUGUGCAUUCAUAGCCAUUUCUUUGUUCAAAACAAUGACUGGUUAUAUUUGCUUUGUGCCAAGAAUGUAAAAUUCUAAAAUAACAGUGUUCUCAUGUUGGUUAGUGCAAGGAUGGAAAUAAGGGGAGAUAUCAUUUUUUACAGAAAAUUGAAAAUAAAAUAUGAAUAUAUGCUAAUCAAAGGAUUAACUGUGCACCCAGCUUACAGCUCAACAUGUAUCCUGUUGUGAAAAACAGGAUUUUUAGUGCAGUCUUGAAGACCGCAUUGGAUCUGUCACCGUUUUAUGCCAUAUACAGUAUGCUACUGCCUCUACUCCUUCUAGCUAACAGUCUAGCCACAGUAAGCUGGAUGUAAAUAAGAUUAAACAAAAAGUGUUGCAGUUUUGAACAAUGUAUGUACAGUUUUUAUAACUGUAAAGCUAAAACAAAAUGUAGGCAGACUAUUAAAAAAAAAGUUUACUUGAAGAAAAUGCCUGUGUUCAAGCAUUUCUAAUGAUCUGUAUAAAGUGUGUUUUAGAACUGGUAGGUUAUAAAACUUGAAGUUGAUUUUUAUUUGCAUAUACCAGCUGUACAUUAAGAAUUUAUUUAAAAGAAAACUACAAAAUGGACUGUUUAUGUAAUUUACUAUAUGUAAAACUGUUCAUUAAAAUUUACUGUAUAUUUAC